CUCGAUGCGGACUCCGCUCGGGAGCUGGCCCAGCGGGGUGGCACCAUCCUGCUGCUGGACGUGCCCGAGAACACUGCCGUGGGCGUGGAUCAGCAGACCUUCCUGGUGGGGCCCAAAUUCAAGGGCAUCAAGAUGGUGCCCCCUGGGACACACUUCAUCUCCUACAACUCCUCCAGCGGGCAGGGCGACUUUGGGCCCACCACCUCUUUCUUCCUGCCCAUCCGCAGCGGCCAGGUGGUGGUGCGGCGGUGGAAUGGGCCGGAGGAGGUGCUGGAGGAGCUUGAGGAUGAGGAUGAGGUGGAGCGGUAUGCCCAGGCGGUGCGCAGCUUCCAGCUGGACCAGCACCUGGCGCCUUACGACCUGGCCAGCUGGAACCGCUGGCGCCAGCUGGCGGGCCACAUCAGCGGGGGAGUGGUGGAUGCGCUGCAGCCGGUGGGAGGCAACAUCAACAUCCUCGCUGAGGCAGACCCCUCGCUGCUGCGGCCCGCCACCGCGGCGGAAGAAGCGCUGUACGAGCAGCUGCAGAAGGGGCGGGAGGCAGCCGCGGAGCGGCAGCAGGCCGCCGCGGAGCAGGCAGGAAAUGGCAAGGGCGGGCGCUGGGCGGCGGCGCCGCACGCCGGGCGCUGCUUCUAUACGCCGCUGCCGCGCCUGGUCAAGCGGGGGGGAUUGACACCGCAGGAGCUCACGGCGCUCAACCUGGACAAGUCGCGGGUAUUGGAGGAGGUGCUGACAAAGCACUUCAAGGGAGACCAGGAAGCCUUCCUGGGCGAGUUCCAGUUCUGCUUCCUGGCCUUUCUGCUGGGCCAGUCGCUGGAGGGGUUUGCGCAGUGGAAGGCCUUCCUGUGCCUCAUGUUUGGCUGCGACGACGCGCCGCUGGGCGCCCGCAGCCAGCUGUUUGCAGACUUCCUGCGCGCCCUGCACGCCCAGCUUGCGCACAGCCUGGCGCCGGUGAGCGGUGGC